CGCAAUUUAUAAGAGCAUACACAACAUAAAGCAUACGAAUCGUUAGACUUUCUAUCAAAAAAAGUCAAUUUUAAACGGAAACUGCUUGUCUAUAAAUACUAUUUAAAGAUUUUACUGCGUUUUUCGGCUUCCCUAAUAAUAACAUUUAUAGCACAUAGUUCAUUCCAUUCACUCGAUUAUUCUCAAUGUAAGCGAUCGCAUCUAAAAAUAUUUUUUUUUCGUGUGUAUAAUUUCUGUGUGAAAAAAAGAAGAGAAUUUCAUUCCAGUGCAAUAUUUUGUAGUGAAAACAUCGUAAAAUUUUUACUUUAUCAAAAGUCAGUAGAGAUUUUUUUUUUGUUUUAUCAAAUAAACAAUUAAUCAUAGCGCAAGGCCUUUGAAAUCUGAUAAGAAUGGAUAUCAUCAAUUCAACAAAGAUAUCGCUUGUGGCAUCGGAAAUACAAGUUAUGAUGAAUAGCACAUUGGUGCAGACACAAGAGUUUGUAAAAUCAAGUGAUUUAUUGCAAGCAACUGUCAUUUCGAUGCUAUUUGUGCUGGCAUAUUGGUCAAUUAUUUAUAUGGACAGCUAUCAACCCGGCAAAUUUCCGCCAUCACCAUUAUCAGUGUUUGAUAAAGAAAGCUUUCAUCAAAGGCAAACAUCGUUCCAUCUCAAUUAUCUUACAGGUCUUAUCAUCGGAAUCUUACUAUUUUUCUCAAUCUACUUCCACAUUUUCUAAUUAGGAGAUAAUUUUAUGCUUAUACUAGCAUAUCCAGUACACACAAAAAAAAGUCAAUGCAAUUUAUUUAUUAAGUUCGUUCAACAUAAAAGAAGUAAGUUUUUUUUUUGUUGCCAUAAAAGAAAAAUUCAUGAAAAAGGGGAAGUGUAGCACAAAAAAAAUGGAAAAGGACGAGACAUAGACAUACACAUCCACAUGUACCGCUGCGGUUCAUUGAAUUGGCAAAUUUUCUCGGUCAACUUUAUAUAAAUUCAAUCUCACCUACAUCCAGUGUGCCUUUCAACUUUUUUUUUUAAUUUAAUUUAAUUUAUUCAUUAGAGAAUAUUGUGUGGGGAUAAACUCCUCACAUAGUGGAUGUUAUUUGAGGUCGACGGUUGCGGUUUAUGUCUUUCUAUCUACUUUUCUCGAUUAAACAUUCAAUCUCGAUAUUUUGAUUUUCGGAGAAAGAUAUACUUUGUGUUUACACAAAAAUGCUUUGCUUGCCGACCGUCUUCACACUUCAAAGAACAUCAUGGUUGGAGAAUUUAUUGAUAAGGUUUUUAGAUGUAUACAUAAAUUAAAUCAGGAAAUAAAAAGUUUGAUUUUUUUGUCUUUGCUUAUUUUGAUAUUUG